UUCGUCUUUUCGUUUCUAUACGUUUUUUUCUUGACGACCAACCGGAUUUCGCUUUCCGUUUCCAUCGCGCUAUAUUUUUUCACUUGUUGAAAAUAUAAAGGCGUCGGUGUUGGUUGAUAUGUCAUUACAUCGCCUGGUUCGCUUUGCUCUUCACGUUACAUUCAGACGAUACCCUUGGCUUCGUGAGAUCAUUGGCUUUGAGAUCCCUGCAGUUUUGUGAACCACGAUGUUUCCUUCAGGAUGCAUUCGGCUAGCUGUGACACUUGCAACGAUGAGCACCUUUGCCAACUGCGCCUCAGCUGAUGUUACGCCACUUCGGAAACUCUACGAGAACAUCAAGCGCGAACCGGUGACAGCAAAGCAGUGCUUCCGGAACGGAACAAGUCUGGAGCCCGAGGAUGCCCUCCAUGUCGUCCUAACCCUGGAUGGAACAGCGUACCCUGGAGACGAAUUAGUGUCUGACAAUACCUUGUGCUAUGCACAGCCACUCGACUCACAGCAGCAGAAAUGCGUGAAAUUGCCAGCGAAGUAUGACAGCGAGAGCGACAGUGCUAGUCUCGUUACCAAGAAAGGAGUUCUCACGUUGUUCCUCCAGCAGGCUCCCUUUAACGGGAAGGCCUAUCUAAUCCAAAACUACGAAUCAGCCACGAACAAUGCCACGUACAAAAUAUACGACACUGAUUUCUCCUGCGUGAAUGCAGAGCAACUCUUGGAAACACUGGCAGGUCGUUACAAAAACAUGGUUAGAGUAGACUGACAGAUGAAAAUCCACGGCUUCUGCUUUCUCUGUUGAUGUGUCUCCAUGUCGAAUCUUUAGUGUGUGUUUUUUUUUUCGACGCACAAUGGAAACAAAAACAAUAAACAUAAAUAAA